AUGGACUGGUUCACAGAACCCCAAGUCUGCGGCCGCGGCGCAACAAAGACAGGACACGGCGUGCAUACAGCGACUGUACUGGCAGGCAGUGAGAUCGGGUUCCAGGUCAUUGGGCAGACAGGCGUCAAAGGAUUAGAACCUAUACGUCCAGCCGACCCCCAGAACAUUGAUUUCCUCUACCACUCCGGCCCCGCACAACUCUAUCUCUCGAAAGCAACCGGCGCGCUUGAAGACUACGCUGGCGAUGGAGAGUGGUUCAAAGUAGGGCUGAUUGCAUCCACUGACGGUAGGAAUUGGGCGAGUUAUAUGAAGAAUGAGGUACAAUCACCUUGUCGCCGCUAUCGAGCUCCCUCGUCUUUCCCUACGUUAUUGGUGUCCGGUUCUGAUAAAUGGAAUAGUUGA